UGUUGUUUACAUUUUUCUCCCACCAUACAUGUGGAAAGACCUGUUUACGGCCGGAACGUGAAUGGACACUGGCGCACAUAUUUACAAUUUGUUGCCAGCAGUUCCUCGAAACGGUGGUCGAACGCGCGAUCAGCUCUAGCCGCGUAGUGCGUGUGGCGCGGUAAAACAUUGGAAUUCGAACCAUCUCCCCGUGUCGAAAGCGGUCGUUGUGUUUGUGCGUCAAGGUGAAAGAAUCCAGCCACCGACCGACUGCGCCGUACUAGGCGGUGUGUGUGUGUUAAACAAACUUUCUCCUUCAUAAUCUUGUCCCCGUGGUGUGAAUGCUUUUGAAUGCAGCCGCAAGAAGGUGGUGCAUAGCAAUUUUUCCGCUGGGAUAAAGUGUUUCAGUGAAUCAGUAGAAACCGUAGCGGUGAUUUUGAUAGUAACACAAAACACACAACACAGCUUUAACCAUGGCUUCAAUUACAGCAACCGAGCAAUCGAGAAAGAAUGUCGAAUUUAUCGUAAAAAAUCUUUUAGCUGGAGGUGUGGCCGGUAUGUGCUCAAAAACGGCCGUCGCGCCACUCGAUCGCAUCAAGAUCCUGUUGCAGGCACACUCGAUCCACUACAAACAUCUCGGCGUGUUUAGCGGUCUGAAGCACAUCGUCCAGAAGGAAUCCUUCUUCGCACUGUACAAGGGCAACGGUGCCCAGAUGGUACGGAUAUUUCCGUACGCUGCCACACAGUUUACCGCGUUCGAGGUGUACAAAAAGUAUCUGGGCAAAGCGCUCGGCACGAACCUUCCGAUCAAGCAUGCGGACAAAUUUAUAGCCGGUGCGGCCGCGGGUGUGACCGCAGUCACCUUGACGUAUCCGCUCGAUACGAUAAGAGCCCGGUUAGCGUUUCAGGUUACUGGCGAACAUCGGUACAAUGGUAUUGUACACACUGCCGUAACAAUCUUUCGGACGGAAGGUGGUUUGCGUGCCUUAUACCGUGGGUUCGUACCAACGCUAAUGGGUAUGGUACCGUACGCUGGCUUUUCAUUCUACUGCUUCGAGAUGCUGAAGUUUGUCUGCAUGAAGUACGCACCGGGUAUAACGUGUAAAAAGUGUGACCGAAACACCGGCGGACUAGUGCUUUGCCUCCCAGCAAAGUUACUGUGUGGUGGAUUUGCCGGUGCCGUUGCACAAUCCUUCUCCUAUCCACUGGACGUUACGCGAAGGCGGAUGCAACUGGCAAUGAUGAAUCCGGAAACAGCGAAAUUUGGCAUGGGCAUGUGGAAAACGUUAUCCAUAAUCUACAACGAGAACGGCAUCAUGAAGGGUCUGUACCGGGGGAUGUCGAUCAACUAUCUGCGCGCCAUACCGAUGGUGGCCGUCUCCUUCUCUACCUACGAGGUGCUAAAGCAAGCCCUAAAACUGGAUACAGGCAUGAAGAUUUAGAACGCACUAGGGACUCCCCAAUGUUAGACGAGACCUUCGUUUUUAGUAUGCGAAACGGUUGAUGGUAAUUUUUAGAUUAUUUUUUUUUGUUUAAUCUUUGUUGCACUAAGUACUAUUUCAUAUCGUGGACAGUUUUCACUGAACAAACAAAAACCACCUUCAGACUCCUCUCUAUUUCAUUCUCUCUUUUGUUUUUUUGUGUGUAAAGGAAGAGUACUUUAGCAGAAGAUAAACAACCGCAACAAAGUGGUGACAAUUCUCGAACACUCUGACGAUGAGAAGCGCAUGUAGAGUUUCCGUAAGCAAUAUUUAUUUCUAAUAGCUUUUACCACUGAAUUGUGAAAACAAUUCAUUCCGCUAACGAAUGGUGGAUUUGAAAGAGACACUUCCAACACGUGGUUUUAUUUUACUUAGUUGAUAUAGGGCAUAGGAAAUGUUUGUUCAUAGUACGACGUUCUUUCUUUUUUUCUUCUUUUCUUUCAUAGACAAUUUAGCUUAUCAUCACAGUUAGACGCAAGGUAGCUUGGAAGUAUUACCGGUAAAACAUGGUUUCCGUACUUAAGUUUAAGUAAAAUGUUGUAAGUUUAGUGACGUUUCUUGACCCCCAUUUUUUUUUUGAAAGAGCGAGAAAAGAGGAUAAGAAAGCUUUUAAGGUUACAAAAAGGCAACACCUUUCGCGUGUUGCUUUCGCUGCGAGUGAACUGAACGGUCAAAUUAGUAGUAUACUUAACGAGUGCGUAACGAACGAUGAUGGUUCCAGGUUUCUUCUGCCUGUUUCUUAUGACUGCAAAUGUAAAAACUCGUUUACGGACACGUAAACCAAUAAAGAGGAUGACAUAUUUUGUUAAUAUAAAUGUUGAAACAAUGUAAA